UUUAACAAGUUGACAUAGGAUGCAACUACGCAAAAUGAGUGUCCUGAAUGUUUACAACCUCCCUGCAUUACCAUUAGACGUAAACGUACCUGCACAGUUUCUAACUAGACGAGGAGGCAUAUCAUAUGCUUCCAGUAGCACUCAUCAUUACAGACCAAGACUUGGGAGACGAGGAGGGAUUUCCUUUGAUAGAAAAGACAAGAAUGCCAUCUAUGUCAGAAUGCUUGGCGAUGUCCAGAUGAAAUCCAAGCUGGAAUGCUAUUCAGAACGGCGGUCUAAUAAUGUGGCUGUGUCCGACCUCAAACUAUUGGACAAAGUAUCGUCGAAAGACUUCAAAAUACGAUGGGGAUCCAGAUUUCAGAGUUUACAUAAAACAAGACGACGACAUCGACCGAUGCUGAAAAUGACACAAGAAAGUAAUUCAUUGCUGGACCAGCUAUACGAUAAACAGGCACAGUGUUUGAUGACCAGACUGGACUGCUGGAGCGUGAACAUGUUCCAUCUGGAUAUAAUCACUUGUGGUCGCCCGCUCUUCCAUGUUGCUUUUCACCUAUUCCAGCAUUACAACCUGAUAGAGACUUUCAAUCUUGAUGUCAUGAAGCUGCUGAGGACAUUUUGUAAGUGUUUAUGUCACGAUUAUUAUCAUGUGAUGAGAUCAUUUAAUAAUAUCAUACAAGUUCUAAACAUCAACACAGAAUCAGCUACUUGUUACCUUCAGGAGAAACAGUUGCAAAAUACUAUACCUCCGUUUGAAAUCAUGACCAGCUUAUUGGCUGCCAUGACACAUGACGUUGAUCACCCUGGAGUGAACCAGGCGUUCCUGAUAGCCACUGCUAACCAUCUUGCUGCAUUAUAUGAGAACACAUCUGUGCUGGAAAACCAUCACUGGAGGUCAGCAAUUGGUGUCCUUCUCGAAACAGGGUUGUUUAGUCAUCUUAGUGUCAUGGAAUGGGAGCAGAUGGAAUCACAAAUCAAGUCACUUAUAUUGGCCACAGAUAUCACUCGUCAGCAGGAAUUUCUAACACGUUUUAAGAAAUAUCUAGACAGCGGAGAAUAUGACGCAGUCAGAAAUCCAUCACAUCGACAUUUUAUGUUGCAGAUAGCCCUUAAGUGUGCUGAUAUCUCUAACCCAUGUCGUAUGUGGGACAUCAGUCGUCAGUGGAGUGAAAACGUCUGUGAGGAGUUUUUCCGACAAGGAGACUAUGAAUAUCGUCUUCACAUCCCAGUAACACCAAUGUGUGACAGAAAAGCUAACACAGUCGCCAAAAUACAAGCAGGUUUCAUAGAGUUUGUAGUGAAUCCUUUGUUUCAAGAAUGGUACCGGUUUCUUCCAACACAGCUCAGUGAGACAAUGUUAAAAAAUAUGAAAUCAAAUCAAGCACGAUGGAAAGAAAUUAUGAAAGAGGAAACUGCAGAAAAAGUUAAGGUGGAAAUUCAGGAAGAUCUGGUAGAGGAGGAAAAAGGAGAGACGAAAGAGGAGGAAAAUGAGGAAGAAGUGAAUAAUAAUACUGAUGAGGAAAAUGACUUUGUGCAGGAAGCACGAUUACCGUUAACUUUCACUCACCUGGUGAAUGAAGACGAAUGCAGUUCAUCAAGUAAUGGGAGUAGACGGGGAAGCUGUCGUAGUCUAUCUCCUUUACGUGAAAUUCCUGAAAACCAGUGGAACCCAGAGAUACGCAGGCACAGUAUGCCUCCGGCAUACUUACAGAAAGAAAUUACUUGUGUGACUAUUCGUCGAGACAGUCUACCUCAUACUCAGUACAUUCGACGACGUAGCCUUCCAACGGCUAUGAUAUUACAUACUACCUCAAUGGAUAGACUCUUAGGAAAGUUGUCUCCCUUUCCUUCACCAGGAAGGCCUGCAGGCAGAAGCAUCUCUAUUGACUCAUUAGUAACUCAGCCUAAGAUCUCAAACCUUAGUCCAAGUUUUGAAGCAAGCAGACUGUUUAGUGGUUUGUCUUUAUCUUCAGAAAUCACUUCUUUAAAUGGAUCGACUGGAUCUGUGAAAUUUGUUGGUGCCCAAAAUUUGCUGGGUAGCCGGACUACUCCAAACUGGGGAUAUAAAGGAUCCCAGUUGGGAAAACUUGAUAGUACUAGUCAUACAUUCCAUUCUCAACUCCUUUCAGCUGAAGCUUCCCAGAGUGCUGGGGAUCUUGCUCAAGGGGAGACAACUGUUAUUUCGCCUGUGUCUUUCAACUGUGUAGGUGCUUUAUCCAGUAGUGACCGAGACUCUAGUGUUUCCAAUACAGAUCAUGAAUUAAAAGGGUCACCACUGGAAUAUGGUAGGACAUCUGCAUCUAUUGACAGGGUAAAACUAGCUCCAAAUACCGAGCCCAUCAAAUCAAAGGAUGUGGCCAAGCAUAUACCAGGUUCAAUUGCAUAGCAAUAGUGUUUAAUAUAUUUCAUAUUUAUAGUUUAAAGUUUAUAAUGUAGGGCCUACCAAGGUAUAUAAUAUUGGUACUAGUCUUAUGUGUUGAAUGUGUCUUGGUCGAGACAUGCAGUAACACUGCUUCUUUAGAUCGAUGGUUUGUAUUGAUAAAAAAUCGCAUGUUUUAUUUACAUAAGUAUAUCUGUCUACUGAAAUACUGUAUUUAUUAUACUAAAUGGCUGUUUAGGCUUGUUAUAUUUUAAAAGGGGGUUUGGCCAGUAGAAUAAUAUUUAUCAUUGAGCAUGCUUAGACAGUCUAUUAAUGAAACUAUACUGUUGAAUCAACACAGAAAUUCACUCCAUUUCAUGUGUUUAUAUUUUUAAGGAUGAUGGGUAUUUAUUAUUGGAGAAUCAACUUUUACUAGAAUAAAUGUGAUGUAGAUUUGUAGAGAUGAUUACUGUUGAUAAAAAGCCUGUGGUAACAGUACAUAUUUACUGUGAUAGAUCACGUUCAUUAUGUCAUCACUGAUCACAAUUUUGAUCUCAUCUUUAAUUCCAUUGUACAAGACUAGCAACAGGGCCAAAGUGGUUACAAUCCUUCACCUCAAACACAAAGUUUUACUCUAUCUAUCUUCGAACCUUUUGAUAUUCAGAAACAAGAAAUAAUAACAUUGUCCAAACAAUUAUUCAAAAUUUGAUUGAACUUAGUGUAAGUCAAUUUAAUUCAGAUGUUUUAGCUACCACGUGUUCUUUUAUUGUAUAAACUGUUUAAAUAUCUAUUUGAUAUUAAAUAAUUUUCCGUGAAACACCAAAUAUAUUUCAUAUCUGUGUAUUCAACAAAGAGGAGAAAUGUAUUUGGUGGUGCAGAUUAUUCAAUAACAUGUACCUAUUUCUAAAAUGUCUGCCAAAAUAAAAUAUUUAAUGUAUAAAAUGUGCGGAGAAUUUCGCCAUAUUUUUCAACAAAACUGUUUGCUACUUCUGCACUUCUGAUGUUUCUCUUAUUACCUUAACAUUUAAUAUUAACAGAAAAAUCAUAAGUUGUAAGGUUUAGUAAAUAUUUAGUGUAUAAAUAAGGUUGUGUAACCACUUAAUAUACUGUCUCUUCAUCUAUAACUGGACAUUUAAGUCUGCAGAUUAAAAUGGAGUAUAUCGGAUGUAUAAACUUUUGUGAAAGUUUGAUCAAAUUCAGCUUCUCACUUGUUUAAAAAGAUGUAUGAAAAGUGAAAUGAAAUGUUUAGCUAGAUAUUGUGACCUGUGCUCAUUGAUGUAAAGAGUUGUGAAAAAAUGGCUCAAAAAUAAUCAAGAUAAUUUGUUAUAUUACCUAAUAGAUUAAGAGAAUAUUCUUCAGAGUAGUUUCUGCAUUAUUUCAUAUAAACUGCCUAUAGAAUUAUUUUAUCUGUACUAUAUUGAAAUAUUCUGUCGUUUUGCAGUACAGAGUUAUCUGCUCUUGUCAGUAGAGGUAUUGGUUGUUACGUCAUUAGUUUAUGUGAGAAUAUUUUGCUGUUUUCUCACAAAGUUAUGGUAUUACUCUCACAAACAAAUGAUGAACAACAGAUACCUUCUCAAAGAGCAGACAACUCUGUAUUACAAAAAUACGGAAUUCCUAACAAGGAUUUAUGGUACAUUUUACUUAUUACGUGGAUGUCAUUCGACUUCAUCACUAGACUAAAGUCUUUAGAUUUCUGAAGUGGAACAGAAAUUAUUUCUACAAAAAAGUAUUCAUUAAGGGAAAUAUCUAUCUAUUGUGAAUGAAAAAAAUAAAAGAAGAAAAGAUUUCUUCACUUAUAACUAGUGGGUGUUUACCCGUCAAAUGUAAAACAGUUGAUUUGUAUAAUGGAUACACUAAAUAUUAUAUGUAUUUGUCUGUCAUGUUUACUAUUAUGCAUGCUGGUUUUUAUUUAAAAUCUUAUCAUACUGUACUUUUUAGGACAAUUAAUCCAAAAUCUCACUAUUUUACAAAAGGUAGUGUUUGAUUUAAAAUCUGAUAUCAGGAUAAUGCUCGUAAAAUUAAGAGUGGGUAGCUGAAAGGUUGUUAACUUCUGAAUUUUGAAUUAAAGCAAUGGAUUAUAAUAGAUUUAUUAUAUCUUAUAAGAUAUUUUUCACCUCAGAUGUAAUUCAGUUUGUAUUAUGUGUUUGUACAUGAAGUUGAUAUAUUCCAACAAGUAGAACAAUAUGUUAACACCAUUGUGAUACGGAACUAGAUUGUCUUACAGAACAACAUUGCAAUUUUCACUUCUGCAAGUCUUCUGUGUGUUCUAUGGUAAUAAGUGCUAACAUCUCUUUCUCUAUCAUAAGAAAUCUGUCAAAUAAUGAAGUGGGUUGAUGAGAUUAAGUAGUUUAUUUCUCGUUCUAAAAUAUGGUUACCAAUUCAAGUAAUAUUUUAAAAAGGGGAUUUUUUCUGGUUUCUUGUCAAUAAAACAGCACAAUAUUUGUUUAAACUUUGAAAAUGUAACAGCAAAGAAGAAUAUUUCAUCAGUUAAUUGAACAAAAGAUAAAUGCAUGUGUUCAGUAAUAUGAUUAGCAAGAUAAAAAUGGACUGAUUUGACGGUAAAAUGAGAGCACUUUUUAAAUUAGCUGAAAUGUUACAUUUAUUUGGAGGAGGAUGGAUUGUGCUGUGAUGAGUACCUGACAGUAAUUUUCUGAAUGUUUCGCUACAUUAUGUGUAUUUCAGUAGCUUUAUAAAGUGAUAGGAUGUCUGACCCUGUCCUUCUUUAGUUAUCUAGUCUAUACCUUACAUACUGGCCAAGUCUGUCUGUGGUAUCAUACUUUUUUCUUUGGGCUAUAAUCAAUAAGUAUGUUAUUGUUGGUCUGUCUAACAAAGGACGAUAAAAACUCUAUUUAUAUAUAUUUCUGGAAAAUUAAGUAUAGAGUUUCUUUACAUUUGAUGCAAUUAUGUCAAAUGAAUAAGUGUUUCUUUGUUUCACUAAUUAAAAUGAUUAUGUAAGGAAUAUGAUAUAGUGUAGCGAGUUUCUAAGAAGUGUAUUUUCUAUCACUGCUGCUGGUUGUUGGAAGAAGAAUAUACUGUCAGGAAACUUGACUUUAGAUACUGCUCUUCUGAGUUUUAUUUAUUCAUAUUUAGAGAGCUCUGUAUAUGACUAGAUAUCCUCCUAAAAGCUAGCAAGUGAAGUUAUAGCAUACACAUGAACUUAUAGAACAUAGAAUCAUGGGUGGUUUUUCCUUACUACAUCUACCAACAUGUUAAGGUAAUGUGUACGAGAGGUUGUUAUAUUUAUAUUUAAGAUUUAUACAGUAAGUAGAUUAAAAUGUAAACUAUUUAUAACUUCUUACAAUUGAUGAAUUGAUGUUUUGUGUAAUAAGUGUGAAAAAUUGAUAACUUAAAAACUUUGUACAUGUGUAUUAUUUGAAAUGUUUAAAUGAGGCGAGAAUAUUUAGGACCAUAUAGUUUGUAAGUUUGGUGAUUGUAAUGUUACACAUGAGUACAGAUUCUGUAUAAUGUGAUCUUAUACCAUUAGUCUAUUCUGUAGGAAUCUAUUGAAAUUUCAUAGAGAAAUGUUUUGGGGAAUUUUAUCAUUUAAGAAAUAUUAAAUUUGAUUCGCACUUGUUUUACAAAACUCAUGAAUACAUAUAUAUUUAUGUA